AUGGCACCCAUCCAGUUUGGCGUUAUCAUGAUACCAUUUCAACUCACCGACGUUGCAGGACCCCUCGAUGUCCUAUCCAGCUCCUCGGGUCCUUAUCUAAGGGGAAUGGGCAAUCUCGACCUAGCUGAGCAUGGGAUUGACAUCGAAUUUCACUAUAUCGGCGAGGGAAUGGACCCUGUAAUCCAUUCCGCAGGUUUCAAAUCUCAGCCUACGACCACUCUAUCUGCUUGUCCUAAGCUUGACUAUCUCCUCAUCGGUGGGCCUGAGCCAAAUUAUCUCAAAACGAUCCCGCCAGCGAUAGCAAGCUUUGUGUGCGAACGUGCCGACGAAGUCAAGACCGUAUUCACCACUUGCACCGGUGGAAUCUUUGCGUCCGUGUUGGGUCUCCUGGAUGGCCUGAACGCCACUACGAACCAUGAAGUCAUGCCGCUUGCGAGGGAACUUGCCCCCAAUGUCAAGUGGACGACAGAAAAGAAUUGGGUCGUUGACGGCAAAUUUUGGACUGCUGGUGGUGCAUGCGUUGGCAUGGACAUGAUGGCUCAUUGGGUCAUCGAAAAUUACGGAAGGGAGGUAGCCGAAGCCGGGUUUGCAGCUCUUGCUUACGAGCCGCGUGAUGUGGAUGGAAAGCAGGUUGCCUUAACAAGACAUGUUUCAAAGUGA